AUGGCUUCAUCUCUUCGAAUUGAACAAGUAGAUCGACCUGUACUAGCUCAACAUGAUUCUGCAAUUCUUGAUCUAGUCUUUGUUAUGGAUUGUACAGGUUCCAUGGGACCAUAUAUUGACAGUGCAAAAAAUAAUAUUCAUGCAAUUAUCGAAGAAAUAGUGGCAAAUGAAACGAGUAAUAUUCGUUUAGCAUUGAUUGCAUAUCGAGAUCAUCCACCUCAAGACACGUCUUUUGUGACAUGUGUACAUGAUUUUACAACUCAAGUCAAUGAAAUGAAAAGUUGGUUAGAUAAUUUUCGAGCAGAUGGUGGUGGUGAUACACCUGAAGCUGUUGCUGAUGCUCGUCAUGAUGUUCUCCAUUUAUCAUGGCGUUCAGAUGCAACUAAAAUUUGUGUUUUGAUCUCCGAUGCACCACCACAUGGAUUACAUCAGGAAAAUGAUUCUUUUCCCAAUGGAUGUCCAGCUGGUCACGAUCCAGCAAGACUCGUUCGAAAUAUGGCAGAACAACAUAUUACAUUGUAUGUUGUUGGUGUCGAACCACCAAUUGUUCUUUAUCGUGAUUUUUUCAUGGCAUUAGCAUAUAUAACUGGCGGACAAUAUGUGCCCAUGAUUAAUGCAAAACUUUUAGCUAAAGUGAUUAUCGGUGGAGUACGUGAAGAAAUAUCGUUAGAUCGUUUAAUGCAAGAUGCUCUUCCUGAUAUUGAUCGUGAAAUGCAACGAGCGAAAGAGGAUGGUUUAGAUGACAAAAUCAAAGCUCAACGACUCAAUGAGAUUUUUUCUGCAAAAAAUCUACGCUCAAAACGAAUGAAGAACUCUCAUGGUGCUCUAUCAUCGGCAGCAACGGACGGUUAUGCAAAAUGUCCUGAUAUGGCUGAAAUGAGAAUUCAGUUUCGAAAACAGUUGGAAUCUACUCCAAAUACGUUUGCUACAAGUACACUUACUACUCUAGCAUCUGAUAUUAACUAUGAUUUAAUGGAAGAUGUCGAUGUCAGUGAAGAUCAAGCUGCACGCUUGGUUCAAAAAUGGCAACAACGAAAUAAAAAGACAUACUAUUAG